AUAAAAAAAAGAGCACCAAUUGCUUGAAUCUUAACAUAAGGAGGAAAAAUUACACCAAGUCAAGAUGCCGUACGGAAUCAUCAUGUCGGAGCUCGAGCUGCAGAGGGAAGCACAAGCCGAAAGAGAAGCCAUGGUUCAGUUGCACCCACCGUUGGAACUAGAGGAAAUACCAAAAGAAGACGAAGAAAGGCUAGAAAAAUUAUUUUCUAAAUUAGACACCGAUGGAAAUGGCAAGAUCGACUUCCACGACCUGUCCGUGGCCCUCAAGGAGUUGGCUCCACACAUCAACCGGAGUUAUGCAGAGAAAUUCCUGGCUAAGCCUGGCUGGAAGGAAGGCGGUGACGUCACCCUCUCCGAGUUCAUUCACUACGUGCGCGAACAUGAGAAGAACCUUAGGCUCCAAUUUUCGCAUCUCGACAAGAACCAAGAUGGAAAAGUCGACUUGGAAGAACUUAUUUCGGCGUUCGCAGAUAUGGGGAUAGCUGUUAACAGAACGGAAGCUACUAAUUUGUUGAAAAGGAUGGACCAGGAUGGCAGUCUUACGAUCAGCUACGACGAAUGGCGGGAUUACAUGUUGCUUGCGCCCGACACCGAUAUACACUCGCUCAUACACUUUUGGAGACACUCUACUUACUUGGACAUUGGCGAGGACAUGAAUGUGCCUGAUGACUUUACCCAGAGCGAGUUGCAAACGGGUAAAUGGUGGCGCCAUCUACUAGCCGGGGGCAUUGCAGGCGCAGUCAGCCGAACCUGUACGGCGCCACUAGACCGACUAAAAGUAUUCCUACAGGUUAACCCAAUCAGAGAAAAUAUGAGUGGAUGUUUAGCAAGAAUGAUCACCGAAGGAGGCGUAAGAGGUUUAUGGCGAGGGAAUGGAAUAAAUGUUAUUAAAAUCGCUCCAGAAUCUGCGCUAAAGUUUGCCGCAUAUGAACAAGUGAAGAGACUAAUAAAAGGUGAUAGGAAAGCCAACCAUCCGUUGGAAAUACAUGAGCGUUUCGUAGCAGGCGCCACGGCUGGCGCAAUGGCGCAAACUGUGAUCUAUCCAUUAGAGGUGUUGAAAACAAGAUUAGCAUUAAGGAAGACUGGUCAGUACCGUGGGAUAAUGGAUGCGGCAAAAAAAAUAUAUUACAGGGAAGGGCUGAAGUGUUUCUACAAAGGAUACAUUCCAAAUAUUUUGGGCAUAGUGCCGUACGCUGGGAUAGAUCUUGCCGUUUACGAGACUCUAAAGAAGAAGUACAUAAGCAAAUACCAGGCACACAAUGAGCAGCCGGGGAUGUUGCUGCUGCUGGCGUGUGGCAGCACUUCUUGCACGCUCGGCCAGGUCUGCUCCUACCCUCUCGCGCUGGUCCGGACGCGAUUGCAAGCUCAAGAGAAAUCAUCGUCGGGCGCGGAGGCCACAAUGCGCGGUGUGUUCCGCGAGAUCGUGAAACGCGAGGGCGUGCGGGGCCUGUACCGCGGCAUCACGCCCAACUUCAUCAAGGUGAUCCCGGCGGUGUCCAUCUCGUACGUGGUGUACGAGUACGCGAGCCGCUCGCUCGGCGUCAACAUGACGUGAUCGCGUCGCCGGCGCGCGCCUCGCGACAGAACCGCCCCAACGCUCGAGCUCAAACUCGCACCACAUUCUAAUUUAAGCAUAUUAGCAAAUUGCAUUUCGUUGUACAUAGCUCUCGUGCAUGUUAAGUCUUAUUUAUUAUACGUGACGUAUUCCAAUGAUUUUAAUUGUUUCGAACGGAUAUUGUAAUCAUUUAAGCUUGUAAUUGUGUAGCGAAGCAAUUGGUUGCAUCUUACGGUAAAUUGACGUGAAUAGAGAAAAAUGACACAACGACGGCACGUCGUUGGCUUUUACUGUGAUUACAAUAAAUUAUGUAAUUUUUUUA